AAAAGAACGAAAUACGGAAAAAGACCAAAACACCCCCAACACCAUUCCAGUUUCCCAUUGUCACUUUCUAUAAAUAGGCAUGCAAAGCACCUUCAAAUUAAGUAGCCCAAAUUAAUAAUCUCCUCCUUAAAGCAAUUUACACUUAACAUAAUAUGGCUUCAUUUAUCACCACCACCACCACCACAUGUUCUUUCCUAAUUCUCCUAAUUCUACUUAUGAAUAACGGCUCGUUUGGAGCCAGACUCCCACGUGACCUGGCCUUCGUCAAGACACAAGGCUCCCACUUUGUACUCCACGGCUCGCUUUUCCUUUUCAAUGGCUUCAACUCUUAUUGGAUGAUGCAUGUUGCUACCGAUCCUAACGAGAGGUACAAAGUGUCGGAAGUUGUACGUGAGGCCUCUGCAGCAGGGCUCACUGUCUGCCGGACUUGGGCUUUCAGUGAUGGCGGGGAUCGGGCCCUCCAGAUAUCGCCCGGGAUAUACGACGAGCGCGUGUUUCAGGGACUCGAUUUUGUGGUUGCGGAAGCUAGAAAGUACGGUAUACGUCUGAUACUGAGCUUCGUAAACAAUUACAAAGAUUUCGGGGGAAGGCCACAGUACGCGCAGUGGGCCCGAGCGGCCGGAGCACAUAUUAACAGUGACGACGAUUUCUACACACACCCUCUCAUCAAGGGUUAUUACAAGAACCAUAUCAGGAGAGUGGUUACGAGAUUGAACACCAUUACUAAGAUUGCAUACAAGGAUGACCCCACAAUCAUGGCUUGGGAGCUCAUCAACGAGCCCCGUUGCGAGACUGAUUACUCCGGGAGGACUCUUAACGGUUGGGUUCAAGAAAUGGCGAGUUUUGUCAAGUCCCUUGAUAGAAAGCACUUGCUCGAAAUCGGGAUGGAAGGAUUUUACGGUGACACGAUGCCACAAAGGAAACAAGUCAACCCGGGUUACCAAGUCGGAACCGAUUUCAUCAGCAACAAUUUAGUCAAAGGAAUCGAUUUCGCUACAAUACACGCGUACCCUGAUGCUUGGUUGUCCGGGAAAAGCGAGAACGAGCAAAUGGGAUUCAUGGAGAGAUGGAUGACGAGCCAUUGGGAAGACGCAAAGACCGUACUAAAAAAGCCGCUAGUGAUUUCUGAAUUCGGAAAGACGUGCAAAGAUCCCGGAUUCAAUGUGAACGAGAGAGACUUGUACAUGGGCAACGUGUAUAGAGAUAUAUAUCGAUACGCGAGGACAGGAGGUACAAUGAGCGGAAGCCUGGUGUGGCAGCUGAUGGGAGAGGGCAUGGAAGAAUACUAUGAUGGAUACCAGAUUGUUUUGUCUCAAAGCCCCUCAACGGCUGGGAUCAUGUCAAGGCAGGCCCACGCCAUGACUGCAUUGUCACAUCUUUUCACCAUGGCUAAUAGUGAUGGUCGUGCCAGGAAAUCGACACCGUGAAGAUGUUAAUUAAUGCAUCUUUUUUCAUGGCUCUUUAUUAAUUUAUUAUUGUUGUUGCUGCUGUUGUUGUGUUGUUUCUCAUUAUUGCAGGAACAAUGAGAUAUAGUUGGUUAUUGUUAGUUAAUAUAAGGUUAAGUGCUUGUAACAAUGGGGAAAAAAUUUUCUCACCAUUGAAGGAAUCUAUAUUAGAUUAUUAAUUCUCAGUGAGAUAUAGUUCUU